CACAAAGUUUAACAUUGUGGAAAAACACGUCGUAAGCAAACCAUUACACCAACAUGGCUGGCAAUAAAUACAUUGCAGCCGCAGUAGCGUCGCUGUUUCAGGACCAUACCGAUUCGGACUGCGCUGUUGUCUUCACCCUUGAACUUGACGCACCAGUUAAGCGUAGCCACAAUGGAGUUCAACAUUCAGCAAUUGGUCUGAGGCAAGCAGCGAUAACAGUUAUAGGCGACCCCUUGCCUGUUGUCCUACGCCAUGCCUCUCCUCAUUUUGCAGCCCAGCUGUCCCGUUGGAAUGAUGGUAAGCGUGAGGCAAGGACCAUGUGCACUCCUGGAUGCAACACCGGCCGGCCCGAGCUGCGCAUUCCGCUGGGCAGCGAGGCUGAACUGCCUAGCGCACGAGCGGCCAUCCGCUUCGCCUACACGGGGGAGGUGCACGUGAGUACCGUGCGGGAGGUGCUGGAGGUGCGGCGGCAGGCGGCAUACCUGCAGAUUAAGGGCUGCACUGCUGCUUGCGAUGAGGCCAUCCGGGGCAUGGUGGAAGCCGAGGAGUCUGGAGGCGACAGCAGUGAAGAAUGCGGAGCUGCAGACCAACAACACGCAGUGCUAGCGUUUUACGCUUGUGAAACACUGUGGUCGGAUGCCGAUGAGGACCACAGCUUCCAAUCCCUCAUCUCUGCCGCAGAUCAGCAGCUCGUGUCAUACUUUGGCAACACGCUGCGGGUCCUCAACACGCCCCCCCUCCGUCGGCAGCUGCUGGAUCUGCCGGCGGUGGCGGUGGAGGCGCUGCUUGAGUCGGACAGCUUCGGCACCGACAGCGAGUCCAGCGUGCUGCUGAUGCUGGCGGUGUGGAUGCAGGCCAACCACUAUAAGACGGACGCGGAGACACGCAAGCGGCUGUGCCGGCUGGUGCGGCUGGUGCAGCUGAUCAAGCCCUACCUCAGUUUCGUGCUGCCGGCGCUUGCAGAGGACAAUGCUACAACCAAGCCGUUUACUGCUGGCUGGUUUACAACGAAGGUGUCCGAAACAGCUUUCAUCAGCCACUUCGCUAGGGCCCAGAAAACCGAACGGAAGCAGCUUCUAGUGAGCGCGAAGGGCAGCUCCUACGACAUCGGCUCUCCCAUGUACAGCUUCUAUCCACGGCAGCAGUGCGUGCCCGAGGCAGGCCUCACCUACCACUGGCAUGUCAGCCAGGAGAAGCUGGAGCAGGUGCUGGAGAUGCUGCAGCCGGGGCAAGAAGUCUAUGUCAACUGUACCUUUGACAAUGGCUGGGAGUCAGUCUCUGCUCAGGGCUUCGAUUGGACGCCCUGUCUGGGUCUGAAGCAUGGCGCCAAAGCUGCCGGACUGUACCUUGAUUGCAAGCUGCCUGGUGCACUGUGCAUGAGGGGUCACACACCUGCAGUGGUAAGCUCCUGCGCGCGCCUGACAGUGGCCCGGGCCAGCAAAGCAUGUGUCCAGCAGCUGUUCGGCACAGGUGACUUUUUCAUCGUGGGGCAGGGCUGGGGCUCACCUGGAGCGCUGCCCCUGCGGCGGCUGAUGGCGGCCGGGGGUGGCGGAGGUGGUGCUGCUGUUGGCUUGCAGCUGCUUGCCGGCUGGUCCGAGUACCUGCAGGGCGGUAAGAUAAGCGGCAGCCUCACACUGCUGCGGCAGCCAGCCGGGAAGAAGCGGUGAGAGGAAUGCGUUGCGUUGAUGUUUCCGUUCCCUGAACGGAGGCUGGUAAGAUGGUUUGCAAGGGAAAUGCCGCCCUCCAUGCAUGCUGGGGAGGUGGCAUGUGGCUUAUGGGAUUUAUUAUACGGCGACGUGAUUAUGAAUGUAUGCAUUUACAUUGUUAUUUACGGGGUAAGAGUUCCAGGCACGGGGUUUUGUUGCUUGCCUGUGGGGAUGAGUUGAACUGGAGGCCCCUGUUGCAUGAGCUGCUCUGCCCUAGCUCUGCCGCUCUCCUCUGAGUUGAUGUUGGUUGUGGAAGAACUGUGAACCGCAUGCAGAUCAUUAUCGAUUACCGGUAUCUGUUACGGGUGCUGUACGGGUUUCAUGCAUGUUGGUUUUUACUAUUGAAUCAUGUCUAAUCGUAGCACUGCAUCUGGCUACCGUAUUCACAUACCCUCAGUAAGCGCUGCUGUGGGGUACCUGGGGUACAAGCAGCACCAAUGGUGUUUGGUGUGUUGGAUGCUCAAAGCGGCUGGUUAAGCCCCUACCAGCAGUCGGAGAUCGUGCCCUUUACCAGGGGCUGCUACCAGGGUUGAAGCAGCAGAAGCAGGAGUGCAUAGCAUUGGAGAUUGCCUACAUGGCUUAUUGCAUGGCACAGGCACGUUACGGACAGCAAGGGUAGGCUUGUUUGCCGGGUUUGCGGGCGCUGGUAGGGGAUGUGUGGCGAGCUUGAGGGUACUUGCGUGUAUGGGUGUGAGCGAGGGGUACGGCAUGAGGGCAGCGCUACGUGGCGUUGUGAGAUGACGACACCGGUAAUUCCGGAUGACCUUCCGGGCGCUGUUUGCGGUUGAGGUCAUCUUGGGGUGUGCUGACUUGCUGGUGUGGUGCUGGGCUAGCUGGAGAACCGUACACGGCUUGGCUGCUGCGAAUGCCGUGUCGUGAGCUGUAGGCUGCGUUGCCGUACGACAUGCCUCGGCCCUGCAUGUAUGUGCACUGCUUCUGCAUGCAUGGUCGUCACGCUGCGGGCCCCAGUGACCCAAGUGCACUGCUGGUGAGUUUAUAAUCCUGUCCUGGGCGGCUUGCUGUUGUACUUGUUGCUAGGUUUCAGGUGCCCGGACGGAAUGCCCUUUAGCCAUUGCCGUGUAAGACGGCAAGCCCCUGCCGCCACUGUCUGUAGUACUUAUUUUGGACACCGAUAUCGCGCAUGCACACAGACACGGACUUCGACAGCGAAGCAAUGCAGCUGACGAUUCCACUUUGGCGCAUACGGUCAUUGGACGACGCAGCACAUGAGCCGGUUCCCGCCAGACUGUUGUCCUUUAGUCGCAUUGUGGACGGAGCAGGCGCAGGGACGCAUAUAGCGUUUUUGUAUAGGGCUUAGGAGCCAACCCAAGGCGAAAUCUUUAUCUAACCUAUGUCCAGUAGUUGUCGUCUCCGACAAGUUUCC